ACUAAUGCAAUUCGAGUGCCCCUGCGAGGGCGCGGCUCGGCUGGUUGCGAGGCUUCAAAAACCCUGAUCGGCCCUCUGUGGUGAAGGCAUCAGCUCUCCCAAGGCCACCGGUCUGUCGCAACGAUGGCACGACUCACAACCAUCUUCACGACCCUCUACGUCCUCCACUCCCUCCCUCUGAUCUCCGCUUGGACCUUCGUCUGGAGGAAUUCCAGCGGCAUCCCCACCGUCGAGGAUGGCUCCGGCGGAAGGACCUGCAAGGAAAUCGACCAUGCCAAAGGCCAACCGUUCGAAUUCGACAGCGAAGGCGAUCUUGUGCGACUGUACACGUACGCGGAAACCGACUGCCCGCGCACUUUCAGCGGGAAGUUCGAGAGUUACAUGUCGAAGAAUUCGAGUUCUGCGAUUCUCAGCUACGCUGUUAUCGACCUGGCCGGCGCGGAGACAGACACUGACGGCGAAUUGGUGCCCUUCCCAGGAGCGGACUGGUUCAAGUCUGCCCCAAGAAGCCCGGUAAUUACUGCGAUGGGAGAGAGACUGGUCGAUGAAGGAUGCGGGGAGUACAGCGAGGGACCCGGGCAACAGUGGACCGAGUCGGACCGGAAAUCCUACGAAUGCUGGCAGAAGAAGCUUGGUUACAGUGGUGACGAUGCAGAUGGCUGGCCGGGGAAAGGAUCCUGGGAUCAGCUCAAGGUUCCUGUGACCGAAGAGAGCGGCGGGGGAGACAGUACCAGUUCUACGAGCACGGCGACGCCAUCCAGCACACCGACGGCAACCAGCACACCUGUUGCGGAUACCAGCAACUCGUCGUCGGGGUCGUCGCUCAGCGGCGGUGCAAUUGCAGGCAUAGUCGUGGGCUGCGUGGUCGGAAUCGGACUCAUCGGGGCGAUUCUCUACCUCGCGCGGCGCAUCAAGCGUCAAUCUUCCCCUGAAACCGGUGAAAAUGAGCCAGAGCGACAACCAGAAGGAGAUGGCGACGGUGGCGGUGGUGUCGCAGCUGCAGCGGCGGUGGCAGCGACGCCAGUGGAAGAGUCGAAGAGAUCUUCCUUGGAAAAACUGCCUGCAGAGGCGGAGGCAAUUCCAGCAAAGGUCGAGAGGCAGCAUUUCGCAGAGCUGCCGGGGGACUUGGGCUCAACGGAACUGAGCGAGACUCGCAGGAUUAACGAGUUGAGCGACACGCAGAGGGUCGUUGAGAUGGGCGAGAAGUAGUUGAGGAAUGUUAGAUACCCUAAUUGUGAUAUUAUAAUAAGGCCUGUUUACAGAUACUGCUGGUUAUCUAGCAUCAAUACAUGAGUAGGACAGCAACAAUAAAAGCCCCCAGUGCCCCCUGCAUGGCCUGUGUCUUCAGAGCAGUGCUGCCAUCAGUGGGCACCGCCUGGGUUACGGUUGUAGUCUGCGCAGUCUCUGUUUGUGUGACGGUAGUUGUAGAUGGGUCCGUUGUCAAGGCGUAGGACUGGCGGUACCAGGUCCCAGCAUAGUCGUAUCCGGAACUUAUGCACUGGACGAUAUCGCGUUUCUCACUGGCAGGGCUGCCUGAAGAGGGCAGAAUCGUGAAUACCUCGCAGUAUUG